AAACAACAUGAACGGUCGUUGUUUUUGCAUAAGUUAUCUUUAAUUAUUAAUAAAAUAUAAAUAAAUAAAGCAAGAUGCCGAGUGAAAUGAUAACUUUGCAGUUGGGGCAGUGCGGAAACCAAAUUGGUUUUGAGUUCUGGAAACGAUUAUGUUUAGAACACGGCAUAUCUCCUUCAGGCGUUCUAGAAAGUUUUGCCACAGAUGGAGUUGACAGAAAAGAUGUAUACUUUUACCAGGCCGAUGAUGACCAUUACAUCCCCAGAGCAGUGCUGCUGGAUUUGGAGCCCCGUGUCAUCCAUUCCAUAAUGAAUUCAGAUUAUGCUAAGCUGUACAAUCCUGAAAAUAUAUUUUUGUCCAAAGAUGGAGGUGGAGCUGGUAAUAAUUGGGCUUCUGGUUACCAACAAGGUGAUAAAUUGCAGGAAGAAGUGUUUGAUAUUAUUGAUCGAGAAGCUGAUGGGAGUGAUAGCCUUGAGGGUUUCGUUUUAUGUCACUCCAUUGCUGGUGGCACAGGUUCCGGAAUGGGUUCCUAUAUUCUUGAAAGAUUAUCAGACAGAUUUCCAAAAAAACUUGUGCAGACUUACAGUGUCUUUCCUAACCAAGAAGAAAUGAGUGAUGUGGUUGUUCAGCCCUACAAUUCCAUGUUGACUUUGAAGCGUCUCACAUCUUCUGCUGAUUGUGUCGUUGUGCUGGACAACACUGCUUUGAAUCGAAUUGCUACUGAUCGAUUGCAUAUACAAAAUCCUACGUUUACUCAAAUUAAUACUCUAGUCUCUACAAUUAUGUCAGUCUCUACAACCACUCUAAGAUAUCCUUCCUACAUGAAUAAUGAUCUGAUUGGACUAAUUGCGCCCCUGAUUCCAACACCACGGUUACAUUUCUUAAUGACCGGAUACACACCAUUGUCUACAGAAAAUGAUACUGUAAAUGUUAGAAAAACUACAGUGCUGGAUGUUAUGAGAAGAUUGCUACAGCCUAAAAACAUGAUGGUUUCUACAAGCCCCGAUAGGCUAUCAUCACAAUGCUAUAUUAGCAUUUUAAAUAUUAUACAGGGUGAGGUAGACCCUACACAAGUGCACAAAAGCCUUCAACGAAUCCGAGAACGUAAAUUAAUAAACUGGAUACCUUGGGGCCCUUCUAGUAUCCAAGUAGCCUUGUCAAAGUCUUCUCCAUAUGUCCAGACAGCACAUAGAGUUAGCGGUUUGAUGUUAGCUAACCACACCAGUAUUUGCUCUUUGUUUGACCGUGCCAUAAGUCAGUUUGAUAAGUUAAGGAAACGAGAAGCUUUUAUAGAUCAGUUCAGGCGCAUGGGUAUGACAAUGUUCAACGAUACUUUUGAAGAAUUGGAUGACUCUCGGCAAGUUGUCCAGGAAUUAGUGGAAGAAUAUCAAGCUGCAACAAAGCUUGACUAUCUGACUUGGUGUCCUGAAUCUAAGAGAUCUGCCAAAAAUGAUUUAAAUUGUUAAAUAAUAUUUAGAUGAUGUUUUGCCAUGUUUUAAACCUGCAUGUGAUAUUAUUUGUUCAAUUUCAUGUUGCCAUAUCAUAUGUUUAAAAGACACUUCACG